AUGCCGCGUUUGAAUGCGGAAGUGCUGCCACAGUGGGAACAAAACAUUGAUCCAUCGCUCCUCACAAGGACGUUUCGAGACGCCGUCGAGGUCGCUCGCGCCUUGCAACUUCGAUACUUGUGGAUCGACAGUCUGUGCAUAUUGCAAAUAGGAGAAGGCUGGGUCGAGGAUUGGCAAAAGGAAGCAGCACGUAUGGGAGAGGUCUAUCGACAUGCCUUUUUGAACAUCCAAGCGGGUCGUGAUACGGACGCCGGACCAUACGGUCUCUUCAAAACGCCCAGUCACCGCGAUAUCGAGCCAUACCGGGUAGAAAUCGACCGAGAGGUUCCUCGACCGAGGCCGCGCUCGAGCUCACGCGAGCUACCGCCUGUCACCAUCAAAGGAACGCACUUCAUCGUGGAAGAGGACUUCGCCCGUGACGAGCUCAUCGGCAACCCGAUAAACAGACGUGGCUGGGUCCUCCAGGAGCGACUGUUCUCCCACCGUAUCGUCCACUUCGGCCCAGACCAAGUCUUCUGGGAGUGUCGCGAGAAGCUCGCGUGCGAAACAUUUCCAGAAGGCCUCCCAAAGAACAUACCUCAGACCCUAGCCCGCGCAGCAACCACACUAGCGCGCUCACCAACAGUCUUCGAGCCCAAGACUCCCACCCGCAGUCUCACAUCCCGUAUUAUCUCCCCACUGAAGGAAGACAAACUUCCGCUCCCAUCAUUUCCCUCUCUCACCUGCCACCGCGACCUCUUCGGUUGGUUCUACCUCGCCGAGCUCUACUCAGCUUGCUCACUGACGCGGGAAACGGACAAACUCGUCGCAAUCUCCGGCCUAGCCCGCUCAUUCGGCCUCGCCCCAGCCUACCUAACCGAAUCCCAAGUCGACGUUGUCGAGUACCUACGCACCAUCGCCGUGCCCCGCGCUCGUGGUGCCAUAGCCUCCGAGACCCUCUUCGUCCACCAUGACGAAAGGUCCGCGUGCCGGCCCGCAACAGACUACCUCGCCGGCCUAUGGAAGUACGACCUCAUCCCAUGCCUCCUCUGGCACGUGGCCAACGGCCGCCAGACCAGCGGUCUACCAUCCCAGCGCAUCACCGGCGACCUCCGCGCGCCUUCGUGGAGCUGGGCAUCCAUCAACGGCCUCAUCAACGCCAGCAUCUACCAAUCCUGGGGCGCCAAAACAGACGGCGUGCACCUCGCUGAACCGUCCUUCGCGGCCACGGAACCCGUGUUUGCGGACGCGCCUUGGGGACAGAGGGAUAUUCAGUGGCCGUCCGCAGACGAGAUCGAGGCUGGGAAGCUGCCCUCAUCUAUACGGCUGCAUUCGAGCGAGGUCCGCCCCAAAAUGAUCCGGAGGUUCAUCCGCAAUUCCGCCAGCGUGGCAAAGCAUCGCGUGCUACGAUGUGAAGUGCAGUGCUAUAUGGACGAUAUGGAGGAGUUCACUGCAAAAUUACGUCGUUCGGGUCCAAGCUUCGAAAUUGGACUGUUGCCGCUUGUCGGACUACAGCGGAGGCGCGCAGCGUGGGAUUCGCGUACGGGGUAUGCGGAUGAAGUGUACGAGUAUCACGGCCUUGUUCUCGUUGCGAAGUUGGAAGCAGGCGAGGAUGGGCAGCUUGCUGAGCGGUUAGGGUAUUUCUGUGUAAAUGAUACGAAGGUCUUUGGGGCGGUCAUGGCCAGGGAAGCGGAUACUGAGAUCGUGGUUGUUUGA